UUCCUGCCGGGCUGCGGGCGCCGGAGCGGCUCAUCAGCGUUUGCGCCGGCCGCGGCCGCGUCUCUCUCGGCUUCCCCGUUUCCUCGGACCCCCCCCCUUCCUCCCCCGGCCCGGCGGCGCCCGCCUCCUCCGCGGCCUCUCCGCCUCUUCCCCCACCGUCCCUUCCUCCUCUCCCUCUUCCUUCCUCCUUCCCCGCCUCGCCGCCGCCGCCGCCGCCCAGACCGCCGGCCGGGGGACGAGUCGGGGCAGCAGCCAGAAAGCAUAACUCCUACUAUUGAGCUAAAUGCGCUGUGCAUGAAACUGGAGAAAAAACCAAUGUAUAAGCCUGUUGAUCCUUACUCUAGGAUGCAGUCCACCUACAACUACAACAUGAGAGGGGGUGCUUACCCCCCAAGGUACUUCUACCCAUUUCCAGUUCCACCUUUACUUUAUCAAGUUGAACUUUCUGUGGGAGGACAGCAAUUUAAUGGGAAAGGGAAGACAAGACCGGCCUCAAAACAUGAUGCUGCUGCCAAAGCCGUGCGGGUCCUGCAGAGUGAGCCCCCGCCGGAGAGGCUAGAGAUUAAUGGAAGAGAAUCCGAAGAAGAAAAUCUCAAUAAGUCUGAAAUAAGUCAAGUAUUUGAGAUUGCACUUAAACGGAACUUACCUGUGAAUUUCGAGUCUUUCCCUCUGCUACAGGUGGCCCGGGAGAGUGGCCCACCCCACAUGAAGAGCUUUGUCACCAGGGUUUCGGUUGGGGAGUUUGUAGGGGAAGGUGAGGGCAAGAGCAAGAAGAUCGCCAAGAAGAACGCGGCCAGAGCGGUGCUGGAGGAGCUCAAGAAGCUGCCGCCGCUGCCUGCAGUGGAGAGAGUGAAGCCCAGAAUCAAAAAGAAAGCCAAAGCCCCGGGCAAGUCACAGCCCAGCCCGGAAUGCAGCCAGGGGAUGAACCCCAUCAGCAGGCUGGCCCAGAUCCAGCAGGCCAAGAAGGAGAAGGAGCCGGAGUACGUUCUGCUCAUGGAGCGGGGCCUCCCACGCCGCAGGGAGUUCGUGAUGCAGGUGAAGGUGGGCAACCACACCGCAGAGGGCGCGGGCACCAACAAGAAGGUGGCCAAACGCAACGCAGCGGAGAACAUGCUGGAGAUCCUGGGGUUCAAGGUCCCGCAGUCCCAGCCCACCAAGCCAGCGCUCAAGUCGGAGGAGAAGACACCAGUAAAGAAACCAGGGGAUGGACGAAAAGUAACCUUUUUUGAACCUGGGUCCGGGGAGGCGAACGGGACUAGCCACCGCGAGGACGAGUUCAGGAUGCCUUACCCCAGCCAUCAGCAGCUGCCCGCCGGCAUUCUCCCCAUGGUGCCCGAGGUGGCCCAGGCUGUUGGAGUCAGCCAAGGACAUCAUACCAAAGAUUACCCCAGGGCAGCCCCGAACCCUGCCAAGGCCACGGUAACUGCCAUGAUAGCCCGAGAGUUGUUGUACGGGGGCACCUCGCCCACAGCCGAGACCAUUUUAAAGAAUAACAUCUCUUCAGGCCACGUACCCCACGGACCUCUCACAAGACCCUCUGAGCAGCUGGACUUCCUUUGCACAGUCCAGGGACUCCAGGUUGAAUACAAAGACUUCCCCAAAAACAACAAGAAUGAAUUUGUGUCUCUAAUCAACUGUUCGUCCCAGCCGCCCCUGAUCAGCCACGGCAUCGGCAAGGACGUGGCGUCCUGCCAUGACAUGGCUGCGCUGAACAUCUUGAAGUUGCUGUCCGAGCUGGACCAGCAGAGCCCCGAGGCGCAGAGGACGGGCAACGGGCCGCUGUCAGUGUGUGGGAGGUGCUGAACCUUUGCUGGCCACGAGCCACACAAAGCCCAAAUAGACACUGAGAAGACCGAACCUGCUUUGAAAAUAUGGACUCUGAUCUCUGCAGUGGUGAGGAGAGCGGGAGCAGCCGUGAAGACUGAGACGAAGACUGAGACGGAGGUAGAGGCCGGGAGCCCCGCUGCCCCGCCCGCCUGCCUGCCCCGCCC